ACAAAGUCCUCGCACUUUUCACACCAGCAGGCUCACCCACUGACCGACUGACGUUCCGGAAAGCUCAAGAUGUUUCUGUGAAGAUCCAUCGCACCUAUAAAGGCUAAGCAGUGCAGAUUGUCGCCUGUUAUCAUCCUGAAGGUUUUCGAGUGAGAAGUUUUUAAGAUUUAAGCUGAAGCCGAGAAGGUAAAGAGAUUUAAGUCAAAUUUUCAACCAGAAAUUCUACGAGAAAUUAUUUUAGAAAUUUUGGAACUUUUUACAUCAAAUCACUUUUAAACUUUGGGACAAGGAACUGUUUGAAAUAUUGGAAGAACCUUCGUUAAGUUGAGGAAACUUGAGACCACAAAAAACUGUUUCCUGAAACAUCUCUCCUGGUUUUCUGUCAUCAUGAGCGGUGCAACCACCACAGUUCCCCCUGGGGAGCCCAAAGCCUUCAAACGCACUGUCCGAAAGAUAAAAUGUGCCGCCAUGGUGGCCAAUUUGGCAAAAAGUUGGCAGGGCUGGGCCAAUGAUCACUCUGAGAAACAGGACGCCAUCCCGAGCGGCUGGAUGCCUUCAUCCGUGGAGGAGGAAGACAAAAAAGUGCGCAACCACAUGGCCAAUCUGACAGUAAAGCCUCGAGUAAUCAAAGCCGACCCCACUGACAAUGAUGGGUGUAAAAUCAGGGCCUGCACCAUCACCAAGACCGUCCAGCCCAAACGCAGCGAGUGCAGCAGCAGUGAUUUGGUUAACGCCAUCCGAGGAAAGAUGGAGUCUGGUCCCGCGCAGAGCAAGCCGUUCUUAGGCAAUGAGUCGCCAACUCGUAGGCGCCAGAUGAGAGCCCUGCAGAAUGCAGAAGGAGGAGGAGGAAUCAUCCAGGACAGAAAGCAGAUGCUGCAGGAGAAGAAACUCAGCUCCAGAAGCAGCAGCGUAGAAACCGAGGACAGUGGGAUUGGAGAGGAGUCGGGGCUUAGCGACGACAACACACCAAAGAGUGAGGAGGAUGACAUCCAGCCCAAGAAACACACCUCCAGACCAAAGGUAGGGUUCGUCUCCAUGGUAACAUGAAAACAGAGAACGUUCAAAUGUGGCGAUUUAAGUUAAGGUUAAGUUUAAGUUAAGGAUGGCAGCAGAUGUUGCUCCUAAAUCUGGAAAUAUUGUUUAAAACUGAGGAUGCAGCAUCUAUGACUAAUACUUCUUUGUUUAAAGGACAACUGGACUUACUUGAGAUGUUUUGCCUAAGGGGACAUGUCCCUGCAAGUCCAGUUGUCCUUUCCAUGUGGUAAUUUCCACUCCAGAGUCCUGUCUGUUUUCAAUGCCCUGAAGAUCAGGUUCAUCCAGUCCUGGUUUUGGUCGUUGUCCUAAAGUAGUACAGAGUAUUAGUACAGAGAUUUCUCCUGAUCCUCUGAAUCUUUGAAUAUUAUAUACUGUAGAUGAUGAGCUCCACUUAGGAACAUUAUUCUGAAACUGUUGAACUGUUUGCUCACGCAGUCUCUCACAGAGUGCUGAACCUCUUCUAUCUUUACUUCUGAGAGGUGGGGACAGAUUAAUCUUUAUGUAUUUCCACAGAAGUCUCAGAGCUCCAGUAAACAAGUUCAGUCAGAAGUCCUUGAGAUGUCACCUGCAGAAACCCAACACCAAACCUCAGCACAGUUGCAUAACUCCAACAGUAAAAUCUUGGCCAUAAAAGGCGAACAACAUGUUGAAAAGGUCGUCAGAGAUUGAGUCCAACUCAUAAAAACAUAAUCUGCACUGCAGCGCAAUAGAAUCUAUGUAAAUUAAGACAGUCGUGGUCUGCAACGUGUUCUCCACUCUGACCUUCAGGUACAGCCUCAAAAGGGGGGACGAGGGGAGGUAUGAGAGUGGGACUCUAUGAAACUGUCCAAUUAGAUGAGAAUGGGACUCACAAAGGUGUAGCUGACAAUCAGACAUGAAUAUGGUGGAAAAAUAUGGAUUUCCAAUUUAAGUAAAACAGAUUUCUCGACAGUCUUAACACUAACCUUUAAAAUCUUAUUUUGCGGAGAAACAGGCAGAUAGAUACGCAACACUCCUGAGGAUUCAAUCAAGGGUUUCUCAGUGAGAAAAAUAUCCACUCCUGUAGCUACAAAUUAGGCUUUUUAUGGUGAAACUGAAACAAUACAGUAAAGCUUUAACAAAAAGAGCAGAGAGAGAGAGAGAGAGCUCAGAGAAACUGCGAAAUCAGGUGAAUUUCAGCCAAAAUUUUUGGUCCAGAGUUUAUCAAGAAUGAUUUAUUUGGCAGCUUUCAAAAAAGUUAUUCAUUCAUAAAUUAAAACUUCUUUUUUUUUUAAAGAAACAGCAGAAGAAGCUGAAGUAAGUCGUUUUUUUAAAGAAACAGUAGAAGAAGCUGAAGUAUGUAGUUAAAAUAAAAAAAAUGUUGAAGGGAUCAAGGGUUCACAGGGUUUUGUGGACAAUCCCUCCAUGGCAUGUUCUCACUUUUCAUACAGCAAAUUCCAAAGUGAUAAGGUGACACUCAUCUGAAGGCUUGGCGAGCUGUGAAAAAUGCCAACGGGGCGGGGGGGGGGGGGGGGGGGUCAGGGUGGGAGACAAGGUUGUAUAGGAAGAAGGUUCUGAUUUAUAAGAUUACAGAGGAGAUGGUAAAAAGUUAUAAAAAAUGUUUUUUUUUAUUUUCAACCCAAAUGGAGUUAUUCCUGGACUCCUGACCAAUGUUAUGCAUGUUGGUGUUUCAUAGGAAACAUAAAGUAGGUCUAUAUGGGAAGGUCCCCAAAGGUCAAGAUCUGGAUCGAAUGCACCAACCAGACGAGAGUAUAUUUUAAGAUCGAGGGUCAUCCAUCAACAGGAAUCUGCACGUUUAUGUUCCUGGCAGCUCAGAGUGACCCCAUAAGGCACGAUCAGCUAGCUUCUGUUGCUAAGGGGAACUUCACUCCGAUUAUAAACACCAUCAGUGUUUGUUUCCAUCUAAUAAAAGAUACUCACUGGAGUUUGACUGUAAGAGGCACCAAUCACGUUGUGGUCAGUAUCCAUGAAACCAUCUGACGUCUUGUUCUGCAGACACCUGUGAUCCAAAGCAAACCUUAAAACCUGUUUACGGAGGACUUAAGACAUUUAAAAACCUUUCAGAGGGUUUUCAGGCCAGCCUAGAAGUGCAGUGCUUCUUUACACUGUCCAUAAACACCAUAAGAACUGUGAUGCUGGGAUUUUAGGGAGUAUCUGAGUUAUGAUGGCAGCAAGAAGCAGGAAGAAGCUGUAGUGUCAAAAUUACGGUGUGCCAAAAGGGACAAAAAUGCAAAUUUAAUGUAAUCAAAUGUAAAAUGCAUUCAACAUCUGACCUUGAUUACAUCAAUGUGCUAACGCUCACAGCCCUAAAAUGCCUUUACAUUUGAGUGAGUCUGCAGACCUGCAAAGAGAAUUUUAAAACAGAACUCAAAGUUCAGGUGUUUGGUCUUAAGUCCUGUCUUAAAUCAUGGUCCUGGUCUUAAAUCCAAGAUGCUGUAAAAUGCAUAUAUGCAAGUUGCAUCUGCAUCACUUUAAGUAUGAUGCCAAGAUGCAGGUGAAGAUCCUGCAGCAGGUCUUCAGGUGGUGGUUUUGGUUAGAUCAACCUCUUAUUUUAACCCCUCCUCCAUUGUCUUCCUCCAGGUUAAGAUUGCAACCACAAACGACAUUAAAAGCCGCUGGCAGCAGUGGUCAGAGCAGCACAUUGAGGGUCAGAAGUUGAACCCCUUCAGCGAGGAGUUCGACUAUGACUACGCCAUGUCCCAGCGCCUCCGUAAGGGCGACUCCGGCUACGGCCGCCCUAAAGAUGGCUCCAAGACAGCUGAGAGGGGCGACCGAGCCCAGAAACACAUCCACAGAGAGAUGGAGGAGAUGGUGUGGAUUAUCAGAGACAUGAGCUUCAAGGACAGAGAGGGGAGGACUGUCAUCACCUUUGGCCGCCUCUUUGACCGCUACGUGAAGAUCUCAGAUAAGGUGGUGGGUAUCCUGCUGCGCUGCCGCAAACACAAGAUGCUGGAUUUUGAGGGGGAGAUGCUGUGGAAGGGACAAGACGACGAUGUUCUCAUCAUUCUGAGGGACUGA